AUGGAGGAAGAUCCAGGGAAGGGGCUGAAGGUGCUGGAAGGAGGCAACGUCAGGCCAAUGAAGAUGGGGGAUAAUCCGGGCGGCUGCCUGGGCGCAGGGGCGCACCGAGCCCUCGGGGGGCGCAGGCCCGGGAGGCCGGCCCGCACGUCGGAGCCGCGGCCAGAGGCCCGGCCGUUCCGCGCUCGGAGCGUGGGAGCCGCGCGGGCCGCCGUCCUCUCGACCCCCGGUCGCCGCCCCUGCCCUCGGCGCGCGCGGGGCCUCGGCGCCCCCGGCUGCUACUCGCGCCCGGCCCGGGAGCCAGGUAAGGGGCCGGCGGGAGGCCGCGGAGGGCGAGGGUGGGUGGGAGGCCCGCGGCGCUCGCGAGUCUCGGGGCCGAGGCCCUGGCGGCCUGCGGGGCUCCGCCGCGCGCCCUCCCCGACCCGGGGCCCGCGCGGGCGUCUGCGGCCCGAGCGAGCGUUGCCGGAGUUCCGCGCGGCGGCCCGGAGGCCCCGGGAAGUUCGGGCGGGUCCCCCGCAGAAGUUGGCGUCCGGAAGGGCGGGCGCAGUCUGUCGGGCUUUCCCGGCCCUGCGCGCGGCGCGGGAGCGGGGGCCGCCGCUUCCCCUCGCGGAACGCCGGGGCCCGAGCGCCGGAGCGCCGGCCUGGGCGCGGGCGACGCGGCCCCUCUGGGAGGCGAAACGCGAGUCUUCCAAAUCAGGGCAGGGCGCGGGCCGCUUCGCAGCGGAGGGCUGUGCGUGCGAGGGGAGACCAGUAACUUCUGCUUUUCUCCCACCGCGAGCCGCCCUCCCCGGCCCUCCCCGGGACAGAGUGCGGCCCGCGCCGCCCGCACCCUCCAGCGGCCCCCUCUGCCUCCCACCGGGGCGAGGGUGCUGCUCCGCGACCCGGUGGCCGCCCUCGGCCCCCCGGGCUCUGAGACUUGCCCCCAGCCGGGAGGGCCAAGCUGAGGUCGGCGCGACGCUUGGCUGGCUCCUGACAGCUCGCAGACCAACUUUUCCAGAAACCCGGAGAGAUGGCUCCGAAUUGCCAGAAUAAAGGGGGCAGCUGUUUUAGGAGAGCCUUCUUGCUUUCUUGACCUCACUUGACGCUAACGGUCGGGAUUCUGCGGAUCCGAACCUACAAACACAUUGAAAGACAAAAAUAAACAAGUGCUUCAAGACAGUUAAUGACUUCUUUGUAGUGGGCCUAGCUCCACAGUGAAAUUUCAUGUUGCUUUUUGAUAAAAAAAAAAAAAUGACGGAUGCAUUUUAAUUAUGGUUUUGGUCAUUUGUAGAGCCUUUGUUUAAAGUUCCAGCUACAAUAGUGAGAGAUUAGGGAGAUUGCAAAUGAACAUGAAUUUGGUUUGUUUGGAAAGAGUGAAUUAAGAUAAAGGAAGAUGGUCCCAUAAAGCAAUGUGUGCUGUUUAUUUUCGUCUUUCACAACAUAAUUCCUAUUAUAACUUUUUUUUUUAACCUGGAAAAUAUAGUUUGAUUCAGAAGUUAGAGUGGUAAUAAUUCCAAAGGAAAUGAUCACAGUGCAAUGGCAAGGAGACUUUUCUUGUCUAGGAAAGCAAAUAGAUGACUGAUCUUUUCUUACUGUUUUUGGGAACACAUAAGACACAUUAAAAAGAGAAAUAUCCAAAUAUUAAGCAGGAGGAUUUGGAUCUAAAAAUGGAUGGUCAAAGAUCUUGGGAACUAAGGGACCUUCUUGCCAAAUAAGGAAACUUGGCAAGCUGCACUGUGUAUUUUAAGUUAGCACAAGAGUGAGUGUUAUUGGCAAUAUAUUGGCUGAGUGCCUAUCUGGAAUGAGCAGUGAAACUGACUUUGACAGGGCUACAAAACUAUAAACAGGAGUUAUGAGGGGUGUGGAGGGAAUAAUCUAGUCAGAGAAAACGCGCUGUUACAGUGAGGUUUUGUGAAAAGAGGUCAGACAUACAUGAAGCUAUUAGUGUGGAGUCAAAGAGAAAAAUGGACAGUUUUUAGAAAUUGUUGGAUUCAGAGAAAAGAGAGGAGAGAAUCAAUGAUUUUUUUCUUUUUAAACCCAGAAAAAGGUGUUUGCGGUGAUACAGUACUUCUUGGAAUGAGAUAGCCUUGUAUCUGUAUCCAGAGAUACUGAAAAUAAAAAUCAAUUUGGAUCAUUUGUUUUCCAUUUUAUUCUACCCAGGACAGAUUGACAGGGAGGGUGUCUCAUCUAUCUAAAUGUAAUAGGAGUAGCGAAGGCAUCUUUUGGCCUUACUGCAGGGAAGAUUUAGGCUACUUCUUUUGUGGCCUAUUAACCUUGCCCCACUACACACAAAUAAGCCAGAGCUCCAGCUGUGACCAGAAAACUGUACCUGUUAAGGAAAGAGAGCUAUAAAUGUGAGAGCUUAGAUUGGUUUGCCUGAUACAUGGGUGCUUUUGUGUGGGACCAUCCUACGGACUGCUGAAGCAUCGAUUAUGCCCUGUAGCAGUUAAAAUAAUCCCAACCCAGGAGAAGAUUCUGCGGGAACAAAGCAGCCAUGCAUUGACACUCUAACCCCGCAUUACAGUUGCUAAUAGGAAAUUAAAGCCUCAAAUUGAACUUUAGGUGGAUAAUAAGCAAUCUAGUGAUUACUGUCAUAAAGAAAGAGCUUGUUUAAAGGAAAAAAAAAAAAGACAGAUUUGAAGGACGGGACGGAAUGAUAUAGUGGAAAAAAGACCUACGAUAUGGUGGGGAAAAAAAGAUACAACUUUGAAGUCAGAGCUGAGUUUGAGUCCUGGUCAUGUCACUUGUAAGUUAGGUGGUUGGCUUGGGCAGUUUUCAUUCCCUUCAUUGUCUGUUUUUGCAUCUGUAAACUGGGGACAGUGCUACCUGCUUGCUGCAUAAGCCUAUGAGACUACACGCGGAAAUGCAUGAAGCAGCAUCGGAAACUUCAGCCACCAUAUUUGAGUGGUAGAGAAAGGUAGUUUUUCCAAUUCUCGAGUUAGAGGCAGAGCAAGUUGCUUGUUCUAUCUAUACCCAGGUAGCUGGCCCCGUUCCCAAAGCAUACUUCAUGGGAGUGUACAGGGCUUGGAGGUUUUUGUAGCAACUCUCCUGCUUUAAGGGUUUGUAAAGCAGGUUUGUGAUAUUUGGGGGGAAAGAAUCUGAAGCUUAUUGCAUUUAAAUAUCUAUAUGAGGAAUUUGAAGAACUUGGGAGUUAUACGAGUAAGGGAAGGUUAUGACCUGGAAGACCAAAACCAAAAUUACUUGGAAACGUUCUUAGAGCUGCCUUUGAGCACAGCUUGUCUUCAGGGGCUGACAUCCUUCCUUCUGGACUCUGUAGAAGAAAACCGAAAAGAGAAGGCAAGAAUCGCUAUCUAAAGGUCAUGGAGUGAAUCUUCGCUGAUGAAACUUUUCUACCAGAGUACCCUGUUGUGGAGAAGAAUGUAUUUCUUCAGGGAUCUGUAAAUAGAGCCACAAAUACUCCCCCAUGUAAACAAGCACUUUUUUAAACUUGUAUUUCAUCUUAAAAAUUCAUCUGAAUGUUGCAUUCUCUUCUGUACUGUUUGACUGUUGGACAAACCAGGACGGAUAGACACUUGGCGUGUUUGUUCCCCCAGAUGUUAAGGUGAAAUGGAGUCUUGUAGGUAAUGGAGUCUUGUAGAUGGUGGUUUAGUCAUACACCUUCUGCGCGGUGCGGCGUAGUCCGCGUGUGGGGGAGGAAGCGCCUGGCUCUGAUGGUUGGACCUGCUCCAUUAGGCUUUGCAGCCCCGCCCACCGCAUGGGGUAACACGGUUCCAUUUUGUGGAGAGAAGAAUAGCAGUAGAUCAUCACCCAGAGUUUUUAUUUUGGUGGUUAUCCUGGGUCUUUAAGUGUGCACAAAGUUCUUUGCUUUGGGAACGGAGGAGAGGAAGGGAUGAGGGGAAAGAUUAGUUGUAGGAUAGAAAUCCGGAGUAUGACUCUUGGCUUCCCAGCCUGUUUGGGAGGAGAAAUUGAGGAGAAUGGCCCAGUCAUCUCCCAUCAUCUCCAUCGCUGACAGCCAUCACUGCUCCUCUGCCUUGCUGGGGACUCCCCGGUCAGGUUCAUGUAUCCCUGGGAAGGGAGACCAUGCAUCCUUUAUAGUAGGUUGAUUAGUCACAAAAUACUCACAGGGUCGCUGUUCCGGCUGUUGCAAGAAUCUCCUGUUCUGCGUGCCCAUGUGCCAUUGAACCCUCUCCAGGACAGGCAGCUCACUACUAGACAGAGUGGCAGAGUGCUUCUUAGGCGACUCUAAUAACCAGGAAUUUUUGUUGGAAUUUUUAGAUCGGUGAAGCACAAUGUGGGGUCUUCCGUGGCCGCCUCUGGUUUUAACAGUCCCCGUUUGCUUUCAUCUUAUGUCGAGGUUACCAGGUUUUAACUGUCUUAUUGACCCUUCUCAGGGCACAUUUGUUCUAGGUAAUUAGUCCAAGAGCACACCUGUUUGUUAGCUGGCAGGAGGGGUCAGAUAGCUUCUGUCUGAUGGAACGUGGUUAGGGGUAGAAACAAAAGCCAAGUAGCAGCAGCAUUCGGGACAGCUAGGCCCACUGACUGAAGUAAGCCUUGUUUAGUCUUGUUUUCUCCCCCACCCCUCCUCCCACCCCCAAACAUUUGUGAAUUCCUCUUCCAGCCACUGGUAGAAAUGUGCCCUCUCAAUGCUCCUUUGCUCCCCCCCCAGACUCUGGCCCAGCUCUCUUCCCAGGCCUCCAGUCCUUGGACACGGUUCCUCUGCAGGGACCCCAGGUCACCCAUCGUACCGGCCUCAUGUUGCCCAGUUGGGCUUCUGUUUGAGCACAGACACAUUUCCAUGUGGUAUUUCUGUGGCGUAAGUGCCCCCUGCCUCCUACGUUCCUCUUCCUCCAGUGUUUUGCCUCCAGUGACAACAUUUCUGGCAGGGAAAUGUGUCAUGGAAGUCUGUCUUCGUUAAUUGAAAUAUUAAAGGACAAAUCAGAAUGUUUCAUUUAACUGGCUCAUUUGUAUUUAAACCUUGGCUCUAAUUAGAGGGAUUUGUCACUUGUACGGUCAAGCAUAGACUCACAAAAAAAUGAAACAGUAGCUGUUCUAUUUUUUAAGAGUCUCAAAGUCUAUUUCUCUCUGAUAGUCACGACUAAAGAGCCUAUUCACUGAGCCCAACCUCUUCUGCACAAGAUCAGCUGCUUUUCAGGGGCAGCCUUGAAGGGAGGAAGGAGUGUCCAUGGUCCACGAUACUGGUUGGUUCUAUUUGCAUACCUAUUCUCCUCUAGUUAGUCUUACAGAUCUUUCUUUGCGUGGUUUAAAAACAAAAACAGUAAACGAACAGCCCUGCUUAAGAACAGAAUGUUAGAAUCUUUGCCCUUGCUGUUCUGAACAAAGACACCAAGUCAAGUUCUCCCCAUCUUUUGAAGAUUAGACUUGGAGGAGAAAAAUCAUUGUAGAACCAUAAACCAAGUGGCAUUAUUUUAAUACACAUGAAGGUAAAGCACAUUUUUGUCUUAUUCACUAAUCUAUGUUAAGGAGGCUGAAACAAUGCUAGCAUAAAUAAAUAUUAGAGCAGCAAGGUUGGCAGAAGACUUUGUUGAGGGCUGUUCUCUAAAAGGGUUUUUUUUCCCCCCCCUUUUGGUCCUAUUCAGGUCAUUCUAAAAUAAAUUAGUUUUCUU